AGACCAUUAAUUAUAGCGGUUGUCGGCCUUCUUCUCCUUGCUAUUGUGUUAAACGGCGAUACAAUCAGCAACGGUAUAAAGAAUUACAACGGCGACUUCGUCAACGCCAACUGAAUCAUAAUUAUCGAAACCACCACAUUGCUGGCACAAUCGCGAAAGGCAUAAACACUGGUAUGUCCUUAUACCCAGUCCUAGCCACGUAGUAGUCAGCCCUUUCACAAUAUCAGCCACUGAUUUGGCCCUUUCGCUGUAGUGGUCGCGACCGCCGCCUGACGGAGCUGAAGUUAGCUUUGCUACUAUUUUUGUUAUCGUUGCUGCUGUCAUUCAUUGCCUUUUUAUUGUCCGUUGUCGUUGUCGACGUCGUAAACGUUUUAAAUGCUGUUGCAACAGAAAACUGCUAAACGCGAAACAGGCGUGGCGUUUUUCCAGCGAACGGCUGUGGCAGUCUUCUAAAAAAUUCUUUUCUAAUUAAAAAUUCAAAAGUUCAUCUUUUCUUAACAAAAAAUCGAGCCAAACAUCCAACAUCAAUAGAAAUUUUAUUUAGUUUAGAAGGCCUAAAACAACUGCAAUAAAAACAGCAGAAGCAACUGUCCACUUAGGAGUUCAUCAAAGAAGCUGUAAAAACAACUUUUUACUGCAACCAAAACACGAUCCAUAAAGUGCAGUACGCAUGAAAAAACUGUGAGAUUUUAAAAACAGAUCAAAAUGUAGAAGCUAAGAAGCAGCAAUGUCAAGAAUACGAACAAAAAGAGGCAUAUACAAUAAAGAAAAAACUAGAAAAAGAUUGUGAGAAUAAAAGAAAGAGGACGGCCAGCAGCUAAACUUUUAAUUUCUUGCUGAAAAUUUUUACGUCUUGAAAAUGUGCUCCCAAAGAUUUGAUUCGUUAAUGCCACAAAAUCCAAUGACAAUAGCGAACAGCAGCGGCUUAGCAUCCAUGUUUCAAUUAUUUCACUUCACUUUGACCACGCCUUCCUGAAUGCCAGAGCACCGAAAGGCAAACAUGUGACAGCCGUAAAGUAUAAAUGUAAAAAUUUCAAUAGUAUUUUCUUUGAAAUUUUUAAUAACAUCAUGAAAUAGCAACAGUUAUUACAACAACUACUACUACAACAAAAUUUGAGUAGCAUUUCCUUUGAAAUUUUUAAUAACAUAAUGAAAUAGCAACAGUUACUACAACAAGAACUACUAAGAAAAGCCAACAAUCACAAAAGUACAGCAAUAAUUAUGAAAUAGGCGAGAACAACGAUACAAGAAAUGCAGUAUAACAUCUACGUAAAACUUCAGUUAUAAGCCAACCACAGAUUCCAAUAACUAAGAAAAAGGCAUCUUUGUGUUUUUACAGUUUUGAACAAAACAACAACAAACCGAACCAACAAAAAGCCACUAGCUUAUCAACUACAUACAUAAACCGAUAAAUCAGCACAAGCAACCAAACAGCGGCGGCAAAGAAAAUUCGAAUCCGAUUCAGCGAGUUCGAUUUUCCUGCUACGUCACGUCACCGUAAAUAGAGAUCAACUUACACGUCUGAAUUUUUUUUACAAAAAGUAGCGUUUACCGGCCAUUUUAGAUUUUUUACCGUUUUGGUUAAUCGUCACAUUCGUCCUUUCGUCAAAGACUUUUCGCCAAUGAAUAUUGGACCUGUUUACUAAGCAAAAUUCCAUAAAUUCAGACGUUAACAUUUUGGCGUCGAUUUUUGCAAACUACGAAAUUACCUGAAUCAAAAGUAAUACUAAAUCAACAACUAAUAAAUUAAAAAAUAGAGCAAAAUUAAACGAAGGAAAAAUUUUUUACUAAAACGUAAUUUUUAUCGCAAAGCAUAACUUAAAUAAGAAACCUAGUCAUAAUUUUACAAACAAGUUAUUGUUAAAAACAAAUGGAAAAAAACCAAAACAAUAGAAAGCGCUGGGGAUGAAAUCUUGAAACAAUUACGUACUACGAAAUACAUUUGCAUAGACUAUUCCGAAAAUGAAAAAGGGUAUCAGCAAAAUAUGAUGUGAUAUUUUUAUGUAUUCUCAGUCUAGGGUUACACCAUAUCGAGAAGUUAUCCAAUGAGAAAGCCACGAACAUUUUGGAGGAUUUAUAAUGGACGGAGAUAAAUAACAUUUUAUUUGUGAGAGACUUCGAUUGUUCGGGAGGAUAGAGGAUUCCAAAUUAAACGACCAAAAACAAAAUUUAUUCAGCCAAAACUAUUAUUAAAUACUACGAGUAUAUUUGAUGAAAUUUAUUUAAUUAAAAUUAAAUUAUCUCAAAAACUAACUCAAAUUAUGAAAUUAUUGAACUGAAGAAUUAAGUAAUAACAAAAGUAUCAAGCCAAAAUGUUGUAGAAAUUAAAUGCAAAAGACAUUCGCAUGUGUGUGGUGGUGGAAAGUAAAAUCAAAACAAAAUUCAACAUUAGAAAGAGAAAAAAACGUAGAAGACGUAAAGAACCAAAAUUAGAAAGCGAUUUAAUCGUAGUUAAAACCAGCGUCAAAGUUGAAAACAAAAUUUUAAAUUUUGGCGAGAUUUGAAUCUUUCUACCGGCCUUUGAAAGAGGGAGGACGAAGUUAAGACUACUUCAACAAGUAAGCAAACCAAUCCAAGGAGCCCAUACUGUGGCAAUUGGAAAACCGCGAGAAAAGUCAAAAGAAUAAGUCGAAUAAAAGAGGGAAAGCCAGUCGGACGCGGACAAAAACCAGCAACACAUUUUUACAAUAAAUAUUGAAAUCAUUGAUAAGAAUAUCUAGCUUAGGAAUGGGAAAAUAACAAACUACAUAAUUGCUAGGAAGUUGUUUGUACCAAAAGGAGACACCCGACCACAACUGAAAAGUAAAUAAACCGCCCAUUGAUUAAACACGUUUAAGAAGAGGAUAUCGGCUUGCAGAAAUUAUAUGCAAUACAUAUAUGUAGUUAUACAUAUAAAAGAAGCUACAUCUAAAUAACUACUCGCUCCCCACGGCGGUGGAUAUUGAAGAACUCAAAUAAGACACAAAAGGCAAUAAAAGUGGCGAACAAUAACAAAAGUUAUGCCGGCAUAUACGUAAAGACGAAACUAUACAAUAAUAUCCCAACUUGGACUCUUCUGAUAUCUAAAUAAAUACAUAUGUGUUAGUGUGCAUCCGAGGCAGCACCAAUCCAACUAAAACGCAAGGAAGCAGCAACUGCAAAGACAAUGCAAUUGCAAUAAAAGGCAUCGAACAACGAAUAUCGACGAUUCUAAGGAGAAGUGCUGCGGUGAAUAACAGAAGCCCCAAUCCAAGGCAAUACGACGAAACAAAACCAAGAGCGAGUGAUUUCUAAGCAGCGACAGAGGCCGUCGUAGAGCUGAAUACCUUCGCGUGUGAGAGAAUGGUAUAUUGGUGUUAGUGAUUGUCUAUUAACAGUUCGCAUAAGUAAUAAAGUAAAUUCUACAACAAAAACAAGCGAGAAAACUUCUGUGUGAAAGAAAAGGCAAAAACUUGGUGAGCCAAUAGACGAUCCACGUACAUACACACACACAACACUGCCAGCGUAGUUGUUUGCAUAUGUGAACGCUGAUUGUGCGACCAUUGUGCGCACUCCGAAGGUUGUAGCAGCAACCACAGCUGCUCAGCAGGAGCAGAAGCGCUGAAGCAUUACUUGACGACUUAACGGAUAAAAAGGCAGCAACCAGUCCCCAUUGUUGCUGGUAGAGGUAUACAGCAGCGUCGGAUAUAGAGUUUGUUAGGUAAAAUAAAAGGUAAAAAGAGCGAGUAGAAGUAAAGGAGAGAGCGCUAGGCUUGAGACGGGAGAGAAUAAAUACUUGCUGAGGCUGUUGGCAUCUUAUGAUGUCAUCAGAAGGGGACACAGAGUGUUUUGGAUUGUACAGCGAUGAUAAGUUACUAUUAAAGGCGGCCACAGCAACAUUGCCAAAGUCAACGCUGGCGUCAUCCUCGCCUUCAUCACCGCUGUUGAAAUUAGAUACCGACUCUGUGGUGAAACAAGAACCGCCACCACCAACGCCGAUUCAGCCGGUUAAAAGCGGAAAGACAAACUUAAACCAAAAUAUAGGCAACACUAGUAACGUCAACGGCGGUUGUAAUAAAAACAACAACAUCUGCAGCAAUAACAGCAUUGGUCCGGCUCUCGAGGAAACACCCGAAAGCGAGCGCAUCGGCAGCGGUGGUGACAACGACAACGACAACGACGACGACGAUAGCGACGUUGUUGUCGUACUUGAAGGCGUCGUAAGCAACAGCGAAGGCGCAACUAAUAGUCUGAAACAGAAUCGCGUUCGUAGUCGUAACCGCAGUGGAAGUCGAAGUCGCAGUCACGGCGAUGUCGGUAACAACAGUGGUGGAAAACAGCAAGUCGUGCAUGCCACUGAGCAAGUCAACCAAAGUAGUCCGUGUGGUGCCGUCAAUAAGACAGCAACGUGCACCGCUAGUUUUCCAGCGCGUUCGAAAUCAACAGCAGUAGUAAUUUCAUCGUCGUCGUCUAAAUUGAAUAAAAAGAACGUAUCCUUAACGUCAAGUGAAUUUCUCGUGAAUAAGAACAGUAAUUCAAUUAAUUUGAAUAGUAAGAAAAAUUUUGUGAAUGGUAAUAGUGCUAUAAGUGUAGAACCGAAACUAUUCGCGUCGGUACUUCCGUUUAGUGCACCGCAACUGAACAACGUUUCACGUUUUCAGGAAAAUACAAGCUCAACGUCGUUGCCGUUAUCGCUUUCGCCAACGCCGUCUUCCCCGCUUGUGCCGCCUACAGCGUCUGCCUUCAUGAGUAGUGCUGCUGCGGCUGUCGCGGGUGCUACUGGAGGAUCUCUGUAUGGAGCCUUAUUAAAUCAGACCACUUCGUCGACCAAUAGCGCUAUUAACGGCGUUAACGUUAAUAACAUUCCACAUAACAAUUCUGACGUCCCUGUAUCCGCUUCUUCGUCGCCAACAGCAUCCCUGCUGUCUGGUAACUUUACAGCGGCUCUUGGCAGCCUCUUCUCAGCAAACGGUUUCGGUUCCGCAAAAAUGUUGAAUGAAUUAUUUGGUCGACAAAUGAAGCAAGCACAAGAUGCUACCAGCGGAUUGCCCGCUACUCUUGACAAUGCCAUGUUAGCCGCAGCUAUGGAAUCGGCCUCAAGCGCUGAACUUCUAAGCGCAGCAGGGCUAGUAAACAGUUUAGGUCUUAAUGCUACAAAUAAAUUGCUCAAUAAUAAUACAAUAAACAGUUUGAAUAGUUUAAGUGAUGCCAAUACAUCUGCUUCAAAUAACGACAAUGCCAAUGCUGAUAGCCAGCAACCAUCUCAUGCCGCGUCUGCUUCACAAUCGCCUAAAAAUCGACGCAGAAGCAACUGCAGUGAUCGGGAAGAAGUGAAUUCGCGCGCCGUUGAUGUAAAUUCUCCACCUCGUGCGCCCUCCGUUAGUUCACCAUCGGCAGUAGGGGAUGCUGCAGCAGCUUUAGAAAGGACAUCGCCCAGCAUUCAUCAGCAACAACAGCAGCAUCAGAACGAAUUAGCUCACCACAUGUUAAGGAACAUACUGCAAGGAAAGAAAGAGUUAAUGCAACUGGACCAAGAGCUGCGCUCAGUGAUGGGCCAACAACAACAACAACAGCUUGCAGAAGGCCAUAAUACGCUUAAACAUAACAACAACAAUUUAUCUGCUGCUAAUAACAAUAACGUCGCUGACAAAGAUUCAAAGAACACGAUAAAUUUGCUGGAGGACACCAUGUCUGACAUCAAGAUUAAAUGCGAGCCAAAUCAAAUACAAAACAACUCUCACCGUACGUCAGCCGAUCGCAGAAAAUCAUCUGAUUCUGAAAAUGCUGAUUCGCAGCUGGAUGAAGAUCAGCAGUCAGAAGGUGACAAUAUGGAUCAACAGAAUACGGAUGAUCAAGAUGAACAACAGCAUUCAGCCUUACAGGUAAGCGUGACUAAGAAAGAGGCAGAAGAAAUUCUCGAAGACGUAGAAUUGAUAGGUUUAAAUUCUCGAUCUGAUUUGGAGUCCUUGGCAUCGCCCAGCCAGUCUGAAAUGAUGCUGUUAGAGAACAGCAAGGAUGAGCUGGAGGAAGAACUUGAGAAAGAUGUUGCUGCCACCAUGUCCAAAAAAACAGGUAUGGAUAUGAAAAGGGCUCGCGUGGAAAAUAUCGUCACCACAAUGCGUUCCAGUCCGUCGUCGCAUCAGUCGCACUUGCAAGUGAAUGGCUGUAAGAAGAGGAAACUAUAUCAACCACAACAGCACGCAAUGGAAAGAUACGUCGCUGCAGCUGCGGGUUUGAACUUCGGAUUGAAUCUGCAAAGCAUGAUGUUGGACGAUGAAGCAUCUACUGAAAUGGAGUCGCCUCAGAUUCAGCAGAAACGCGUUGAAAAGAAUGCGCUAAAAUCGCAGUUGCGCUCCAUGCAGGAACAGCUGGCAGAAAUGCAGCAGAAGUAUGUGCAAUUGUGCUCGAGAAUGGAGCAAGAAUCCGAAUGUCAGGACAUUGACGAUACUGCUAGUGAUAGUAUGGAGCAAGACGACAACGGUGUUGAGCUUUCUCCAUCGCCCUCCUUAACAGGUGAAUCUGGUUUAAAUGACAAAGUGCAACCUGAUAGCGAACGUCCAAGUUCUACCUCGCCAACUUUUCCCAUAAAGGCCCAGAAACAUUUGACCUCGCAAAGUUCUAUGUCUCUCGAGAAUGCCCCUAACAUGCUAUCACAAAUGAUGACCAAAAUGAUGUCAUCGCGAUCACUUGUGAACCAUCCGCAAAUGCAGCAAUCAUUCAAUGGCCCGCUACCACUAUUACAGCACAUGCCACAGUUGCAGGGCGAGGCGGGUGGCAGCCAUUUGUCGCACCCUGCCAUCAGUAACGCUGCCGCUAUGUACCUGGGUCAGCAGUUCUUUUUCGAACAAGAAGCUCGUAUGGCAAAGGAAGCCGCUGAACAUCAGGAGCGGCAGCAGCAGCAACAACAGCAACUGCAGCAACAGCAUCAUCAGCAGCAACAAGAGGCGCAGGAACAACAGCGUCGUUUUGAACAGGAACAACAACAGCGCCGGAAGGAUGAGAAGCAACAGCAACAACAACAGGUACAACAAGCUGCUCAACAACAAGCAGCACAGCAGCUGCAGCGGCAACAGCAACUACAACAAAUGCAGCAGCAGCAACAACAACAGCAUCUGGAACAAACUGUGCCAACUGUCGCUCUAAACCAACCAACCCGACCACACCUGCAUCAUAACCGGCUUAAUCAGCGCCAUAGUAAUCAUUCUUCUCUUAAGUCCGAGCUGUCAGAAAAAUUUAACAUGCUGCGAUCGAGCUCCAAUUCGAUUAUGCGAAUGUCCGGUUCAGAUCUUGAAGGACUUGCCGAUGUACUGAAGUCGGAAAUUACUACUUCACUUUCGGCAUUGGUGGAUACAAUUGUCACAAGAUUCGUACAUCAACGCCGCCUAUUCAGCAAACAAUCGGAUUCUGUGGCAGCAGCCGCCGAACAACUCAACAAAGAUUUGCUCAUGGCCUCCCAGAUACUCGACCGUAAGUCACCGCGUACGAAAGUUGCGGAUCGAUCGCAAUCAAAUCCCAUCAAUAACAGUAAUCCAAGCAGCGCCAAUUCAGCAUCGGGACAAUCCGUCGUGAGUGGAAACUCUAUCGCCAACUCUGCAGCAGUUCAAACAGGUAAUAAUGGUUCUCUUCUUCUAGUUAAUAAUGUCUCCUCAACUAAACAACUAAAUAACGGUCAUAAUAAUAACAUAUCCACUAACCACCUGGGUCACCUGCAGUCCACUGUAAAUAAUGGUGCGCAAAUGCAUGUCGGCCCAGGACCCGCUGUAUCUGUUGGCGGAGUAAAUGUGCCUCAACACUCGCAUACAAAUAAUCAAUCAAGCGCUUUGGCGACCUCAAGUGGUCAGUCAAAUACCCAGCACGCGCAGCAAAUAGCCCAAAUGUCCGCGUUGAAUGCGCAAAAUUGCCAAAGCCUCAUCGCCGCCCCGCGUCUUAAUGGCAAUCAGCUGUCGUUUCCCUCGCCGGCUGCAGCCGCAGCUGCGGCUAUGGGCCUGCAAAUGCAUCAUGCUGCUGCCGCAGCUGCAAUGUCUGCCGCUGCUAAUCAGCAAAAUCAUAAUCAGCAGAUCACGAACGACAGCUCUGCCCAAAACCCUCUAAAUCCGAGUAUUAAAAUGAACUCCAAUUCAAACACAAACAAUACUAACAGUUUAAGUACAAUUAAUAUACCACCUCCUCAUAUACGUCCUUCACCCACAGCGGCAGCAAUAUUUCAGGCACCGAAGACACCGCAAGGAAUGAAUCCGGUCGCGGCUGCCGCACUCUAUAAUUCCAUGGCCGCCGGCGGCCCCAACCAAAUGAACCCCUUCUGCAUUCCAGAGUCGCGUGAAGCCCAACAACAACAACAGCAGCAGCAACAACAACAAUUAGAGCAGAACGAAGCCCUUAGCUUAGUUGUGACACCGAAGAAGAAGCGUCAUAAGGUGACCGAUACGCGCAUAACGCCGCGCACCGUCAGCCGCAUAUUGGCUCAGGAUGGUAUAGUGCCUCCGAAUCCCGUGGCAUCAAACACCAUGUUGGACGGCGCUGGAAAAUUCAGUCAAAUAGGCCUCCACCCCAACCAGCAACAGCCACAGCCCAAUCUUACCCCGUCGGGUUGUAAUCCAACAAACGCAGGAAACAAUAGCACCAGUGCUACUCCGGUCACCGCGAAUAUUGCGGGCAAUGUAAAAACGACGCCCGCACAAAGCCCAUCACCAUGUGCCCAAGCGGCCACCUAUCAUCCGCCGCCACCACCACCACCCAUGUUGCCCGUGUCACUGCCCACCUCCGUGGCCAUACCCAAUCCUUCGUUACACGAGUCGCAAGUAUUCUCACCUUACAGUCCAUUCUUCAAUCCUCACCCGCCACAUGCGCCACCACCCCCGCACGGUCCACAUAGUGGUGCCCAUAGUACGCCAACCGCUGCCCAAAUGCAUCACAUGAAGAUGUCAUCAAGCCCACCCGGCCUUGGCGGUCUGAUGGACUCACGUGAAUCACCACCGCUUCCUCAUCCGCCAUCAAUGCUUCAUCCUGCACUGUUGGCCGCUGCCCAUCAUGGCGGCUCACCUGACUACAGUGCCCAUCUGCGCGCGGCUAUGGAUGCUCAGGACCGUAAUUCAGAUUGCAAUUCAGCGGACAUGCAAUUUGAUGGAAUGCAGCCAACAAUAUCAUUCCUGAAGCAGCAAAUGAUCAAAAAUAGCGACUCCUUGACUCCACUGCACUCGUCAACAUUAACGCCAAUGCACCUGCGCAAAGCCAAACUGAUGUUCUUCUGGGUGAGGUAUCCUAGCUCAGCGGUACUGAAAAUGUACUUUCCGGACAUUAAAUUCAAUAAGAAUAACACAGCACAAUUGGUUAAAUGGUUCUCAAACUUCCGGUAAGUACAAAUAACAAAAUGUAAUAUA